UUUUCAGAGGUCUGUCCUGGCUGAAUUCACUACCGUUUAGCGGUACCUUCACAAAUUCAACUUUAGGAAAAACGGAAAUUUUUUAGUUUUGAAAAAUGGGCAGAAAAGGAUCGGUGAUUAUUCCUUUCUUAAUUGAAGGAAGUCAAUCUAACAUGUAUGGAUCCUGUGUAGUGCAUGAUGCCAAUGAAAAAAAUUUACGAAUCCAUUUGCCUCGAAAAACUAAAAUUGUGUGUGCUAAUUGUAAUCGAAUGCUUAUAAAUUGGAAAAAGAAAAAAGGAAGAUGUAUUACAGAUACUGUUUAUUCUGAUACAAAGCAUUCUGUAUUGGGUUCUUUAAAUAAAUCAUUUUAUGUUGAUCCUGGAUCUGAAAUGAAGAUUAAUGGUGAAAAUUAUCGCCAAUAUAAAAUCUUGUCUUCUGAAGAAAGUGAAGAGAAGCGGAAGAAAGAUGCUGUUAAGAAAAGUAUCAAAAAAUCAAAUAAUUUACCUCUGACUCCUAACUCAGAAGUUUAUGGUACUAGUUCUCUGGAAUCACCUCAAUCUUCUCAUCAACCAGAUGGAGAAAUUAGAUCUAAGACUCCUAACUCAGAAGGGUAUGGCAGUUCUAUUGAGUCACCUCUAUCUACUUAUCAACCGGAUAGUGGAAUAAGAUCUCCUCAGACUCCUAACUCAGUAGGUUAUGGCAGUUCUAUUGAAUCACCUCUAUCUACUGAUCAACCGGAUAGUGGAAUAAGAUCUAAUAAUUACAACUGUUCUGAUUAUGAAAGCGAAAUCGAUUCACCAAUGCCUUUUGUUGGCUUGAAUCCUAGCAUCAAUGGUAAUUUUGGUGAAUUAAAUUACGAUCAUAAUGUUGCAUAUUUGAAUCAACAAUGGGGAAUAUCUGAUACAACACAUGACGCAAACAUGCUUAAUGUGCUUUUUAUUCAAAACUAUGGAACAUUGAAUUCCUUGACUGAAGGAAAUAAUGAGGAUGAACCUAUGAUUCUAGAAUUGGAGGCAUCUCAAAAUUUGCCUUUGUAUCAAGAACUCUAUUCAUUUAAUAACAUUACAUGUCAAGCUGACAUGCAUGAUAAAUUAAUAUCUCAAGCCUUUAACAUUAAUGGUUCAAUUCCUGAAGCAAAUAUACAAAAUGAGUCUGCAGAUCGAGUAUCUGAGAUAUUUAAGGCAAACUUUCAAAAUGUUGUUGAAGAUUAUGCGAUUCCUAAUAUAACGUUUGAUGCUAACACUGACAUUGUGACAAAUGACCAACACUUUAUGAUGCUAAAUAAUGCAAGUGAUAUUCCUCCUACUUCUGAUGAACUUUUUCCAGAGUUGGAUGUUUCUGAUUCUAACUGGGGUGAAAGUAAUGUGUCUGAUGCUGUUUGGGAUUCAAAGUUAAACGAGUUAAUGUCUUCUGUAGAUUUACCUGCUGGCUGUGAAAAUGGAAAAAAUGGUAAAACAGAUGAAAGAUCACUGAAAUAUUAUAAGUUGAGUGAAGAAAUUAAUUUGGGUGAAAAUGCUGUGUUGACUCUUAAACAAAUGGGUGAAGUUCCAUUCGAUGAUGAACCUCCAAGUCUAUAUAUGUGUGAUGAGUUGCAGUUCUAUCAAUUUUUUGAAUUUCAUCCAAAUGCUUAUGGUUAUUUGGAAAUUGAUGUUAUGCUACGAAUUCAGGCAUCACAAAAUACAGAGAUUAAAGAAAUGGGAGAUCAUCUUCUGAUUUUCUUAAAACCUUGGCAGACAGAUGCUCCAAAAAAUUUUUUUCCAAACCCUGACAUUCUUAACUAAAAUACAUUCUUAAAAAUGUUCAUUUGUAAACAUGUUAGUUACUACUCAUAUAUAUAUGUGUGUGUGUGUAGCAGUUAAUAUUUCUUAACAAUGACAUGUUUACACUUGGUCAUUUGUGUGUAUUUGCACACUUAUAUUCAAGAGAAAUUGCUUAUGUCACAUGUAAUGCCAGUUGCUUAUGAACUAUUUAUCUAGAAACUGUUUAAUUUUUUAAAUACUCAGUAGGUUUACAUUCAGUUGUAUAUUUUCAAACGUCAAUUGUUCUGUUACUUUUUUUAAAAAAUUGUUUUUCCUUUAUUAAGUGAUUAUAUAAAUUACAUAGAUUAAAAUAUUUAUUUGAUACUUUCUCAAGAUAAAAAAUGUUUGAGGAUAUUUCUCUUUCAUACAUCUGUUUCCCUAUGUAAUAACAUAGAAAAAUUAAUUAGCUUUGCAGGAAAGCUUUCAGUCCUGGAGUUGUUUUCUAUGUGCAUAAUAUCAGAGGGUUAAUAGUUGUAUGUACUUAAUUAAAAUGAGUUUUUAAAACCUAUAUUUUUUACUGCUAAAAACAAUUUUUCCUCACCGCUGGCUCAUUCGCAGUGACAUAAGCAUCAACUCUUCUUUGAACCAAACACUGAUGUGAAAGUCUUAACAUGUAAUACAUUUCUUGUUGCUUACAAAUUAAGUCUUGUAAGUAUCUGUUCUUAAACAGUGGUGAGAAUGUUCUUACUGUAAACUACAGUUUUAACAGUUUACAUUAACUGAUACUGGUUUUUAAAACCAUAUAUUGUGCUAAACACAUUUUUAUUCUCACUGGCUUUUUUGUAGUAAUGAAAGCAAGUUCACUUUGUUGAACCAAGCACUGAUAUGAAUGUCUUAACAUAAAAACAUUUCUUAUUACUUUGAAAUGAAAUUUUUGUAAGUAAUUGUUCUUCAAGAGCUGUGGGAAUAUGCUUAUAGUGAACUGCAUUUUAUUCUUAGAACAGCUCUUUGAAUGUACUUCUAUAUACUCAAUUUUCAAGACUAUGUAUGUUUUAUCAAAUCGUUACAUUUCUUUUGUAAUAAGGAAAUUUUAUUCUUGUAGAAUAAUUUUAAGCCUUUUUACCUGUAUUACUUUCGUAAUGUCUAAAUGGUACUUAUUAAAUGACUAAAUAUUGUUAAUCUUUAACUAUUUUAAUUAUGCUCUUUUCAUUUAUUAUUUCUUUUUAAGAAUGCUAUUAUCUGGAUUUCCUUUUGCAUAUUAUACUCUUUAGAGGCAAAUAAUGCAAACUUAUAAUAAGUAUGUGACUAUUGCUAGCAUUCUAAAGUAUAUAUGGAAAUGUAAUCAUUGUACCACUAGAUAUAGAAUGUACUUCUAUAUACUCAAUUUUCAAGACUAUGUAUGUUUUAUCAAAUCAUUACAUUUCUUUUGAAAUGAGGAAAUUUUACAUUGACUCUUGUGGAAUAAUUUUAAACCUUUUUACCUGUAUUACUUUUGUAAAGUCUAUAUGGUACUUAUAAAAUAACUAAAUAUUGUUAAUCUUUAACUGUUUUGAUUAUGCUCUAUUCAUAUAUUAUAUUCUUUAGAGGCAAAUAAUACAAACUUUUAAUAUGUAUGUGACUAUUGUUAGCAUUCUAAACUAUAUAUAGAAUUGUUAUCAUUGUACCAAUAGAUAUAAAACUAGGAAGCAAUUUGUAGAUUACUUUGUUUGAUUAUUUGUAAGAUUUGUUUAGUUAUUUGUAAGAUUUUUAGAUUAUUUGUAAAUUGUUUAGUAUGCGGUUAUAAUCAUUGUAUCUAUCUGCAGUGUAUUGUGUUGUAGUUAUAUUAUGCCUGUGAUUGAAAACACUUCUUGCCAUAAAAUAUUUUCAAUUGUGACUUUGACUAAAUAACACCCAACAUGAAUGCUUAAUGCAAUUAAAUUAGUUAGAAUGUUAAUUAAUUUAAAAGUUUAUUGAAAUUCUUGUUAUGUAUUCAUUUUAAUAUUUUGUUUUGUCUUUAUUAUAAAUCAUAUAUUUUACUGUUAUGUAAUUAUAAUUUUUUUUUUCAAUUUUUCAUUCGAAUUCUUGUCAUUGUAGCCUUUUAAUCUAUUAAAAUUUUUGUUAUACUUUCAUUUUACUAUUUUCUCUUGUAUGCUUGUUUAUUAGUUAUGUUAAUUGAGACAUUUAUAUUAAUAAACACUUUGAUUUGUUGUA